AUGUUUAGGCUGUGCCAUACCAACUGCACUUGCGAAGAUUAUCUACCGGACCAUAUCUGGAAAACCAGCGGCUUUUGA